UUUCGUUCUACGUCAUGUCUGAGCGCUUACAUUGACGAAGCUAAGGAGUCGACAGCGGAACCGAUCGAGCGGCUGUAGUAGCGACUGCAGCGACUGCAACAGCUAUGGCCGGGGCAGGGCCAGCCCCGGGACUCCCGGGUGCCGGCGGGCCUGUGGUCCCCGGUCCUGGCACCGGCAUUCCUGGCAAGAGUGGCGAGGAACGCUUGAAGGAAAUGGAGGCAGAGAUGGCCCUGUUUGAGCAGGAAGUUCUGGGGGCUCCAGUAACCGGAAUCCCAACUGCGGUGCCCACAGUCCCCACGGUAGAAGCGAUGCAGGUCCCAGCAGCUCCUGUGAUGCGCCCAAUUAUCGCGACCAACACAUACCAACAGGUCCAACAAACUCUGGAAGCCCGAGCAGCUGCUGCAGCCACAGUGAUUCCUCCCAUGGUGGGUGGCCCUCCCUUUGUUGGACCAGUCGGCUUUGGCCCUGGUGAUCGGAGUCACCUAGACAGCCCUGAGGCUCGGGAAGCCAUGUUCCUGCGGAGAGCAGCUGUGGCCCCCCAGAGGGCCCCUAUCCUGCGUCCAGCCUUCGUCCCCCAUGUGCUACAGAGAGCAGAUUCUGCUGUUUCUUCUGCAGCAGGUGGCCCCCGCCCUAUGGCCUUGCGGCCUCCUCAUCAGACCCUUGUGGGUCCUCCCUUGCCAGGGCCUCCUGGACCGCCUAUGAUGCUACCACCAAUGUCUCGGGCCCCAGUGCCCCCUCUGGGCUCCAUGGCUGCUCUGAGACCUCCACUGGAAGAGCCAGCAACACCACGUGAGCUGGGCCUAGGCCUGGGCUUGGGCCUGAAAGAGAAGGAAGAGGCGGUAGUGGCCGCAGCAACUGGACUAGAGGAGGCUGGUGCCACAGUGACUGUGGGGUCAGGAGGUGCCCCAGCAGGCCCUGCAGUCAUUGGGCCCAGCCUGCCAUUGGCCCUGGCCAUGCCUCUGCCUGAGCCUGAACCCCUGCCCCUGCCGCUGGAAGUAGUACGAGGCCUCCUGCCACCGCUGCGCAUUCCUGAGCUCCUGUCCCUACGUCCACGACCCCGACCCCCUCGGCCAGAGCCACCCCCUGGCCUCAUGGCUCUUGAGGUCCCAGAGCCUAUGGGUGAGGACAAGAAGAAAGGAAAGCCAGAAAAGUUAAAACGCUGCAUUCGCACAGCAGCUGGGAGCAGCUGGGAAGACCCCAGCCUGCUGGAGUGGGAUGCAGAUGACUUCCGGAUCUUCUGUGGAGAUCUGGGCAAUGAGGUGAACGAUGACAUCCUGGCACGCGCUUUCAGCCGCUUCCCAUCCUUCCUUAAGGCUAAGGUGAUCCGAGACAAACGCACCGGCAAGACCAAGGGCUAUGGCUUCGUCAGUUUUAAGGACCCCAGUGACUAUGUACGUGCCAUGCGAGAGAUGAAUGGGAAGUAUGUGGGCUCACGCCCCAUCAAGCUGCGCAAGAGCAUGUGGAAGGACCGGAACCUGGACGUGGUGCGCAAGAAGCAGAAGGAGAAGAAGAAGCUGGGCCUGAGAUAGGGUCUGUGGCUGGGCAGCCGCUCUCCCCUGCUGGGCGCUGGCUCCUCCCCAGCUUACUCUUUGCAAAACCCCCAACUCUCCACCCACCCAUAGCAUUUUCAAUAAAUUUAUGUUCAUUUCCA